AUGAUACCACAAUCGGUGGCUUAUGCUGGUUUAGCUGGAUUAAAACCACAAUAUGGUCUUUAUACAGCAUUUAUAGGUUCGUUUACUUACAUAGUCGUUGGUACAGUCAAAGAAGUCUCUAUUGGUCCUACAAGUCUUAUGGCAUUGCUUACGUUUUCGUAUACAAAGGGGCAACCGAUAGAGUGCGUUAUAUUGUUGACGUUUUUAGCUGGAUGCAUUGAAUUAGCUAUGGGACUUUUUAAAUUAGGAUUCCUCGUUGAUUUUAUAUCGCCAUGCUUGACCAGCGGAUUCACUUCGGCAUCUUCAAUAAUCAUAAUAGUGUCGCAACUGAAAAGUUUUCUGGGCAUCAGCGUACAAAACCACUCCACGUUUCCAGCAAUCCAAGAGAUUGUAAGCAAAGUUGGUGAUAUAAAAUUUGCCGAUACUUUCUUGGGUGUUUGUUGCGUCAUAUUUCUAUUGUCCUUUAAGCUACUAACAAAAAUCAAAGUGCAAUCUCUAACAGCCAAAAAAACCCUGUGGCUGUUGUCGAUUUCGAAAAACGCCUUGGUAGUAUCAAUUAUGACAUUGAUGGCUUUUAUCUGGUUCAAAUCACAAGGAGCUACGCCAUUUAAACUUACAGGUCCAGUGCCAAGCGGUCUACCAGAUUUCGGACCCCCAUCGAUAAGCGUUCAAUUCAACAAUGCUACAAUGACUGUAACAGAUAUGAUUAUGUCUAUUGGCUCUGGAAUUAUUGUAGUACCUCUUGUAGCUGUUCUAGCUAAUGUAGCUAUAGCAAAAGCUUACAGUUCUGAAACUGUCGUAGACGCUUCACAGGAGAUGAUCUCUUUGGGCUUGUGCAAUAUUUUUGGAUCGUUCGUCAAGGCCAUGCCCAGUUGUGGAGCUUUUACAAGAUCUUCAGUUGCUAGUAGUAGUAAUGUGCGGACGCCACUUCAAGGAAUUUAUUCAGGCACUGUCAUUAUUCUGGCUCUAAGCUUCUUGGCUCCGUACUUUUUCUAUAUUCCGAAAGCUACACUAGCGGCAGUUUUAAUUGUUGCCGCUUAUGGUUUGGUGGAUUAUGAAAUUUUUGGAACGCUAUGGAAAUGUAACAAAAUCGACUUUUUCAUGACCCUAAUGACGUUCGUUUUCGGCAUAGUAUUCAGUGUAGAACUGAGCAUAGUCAUAGGAGCCAUAUUCAACGUCUUAGUAUUACUGAAAUCCUGGUCCAGGCCCAGGAUUAUAAUAGAAACACAAUUGACUGAAGAAAAUUUGAAAUAUCUGUACAUCAAACCUGAAUUGGGUUUGUUUUAUCCUGCGGCCGAUUACAUUACUGAGUGUAUUAAAAAGGCCCACAAGAAAAAUCCUUUGUUGCCAAUUGCAGUGGAUUGUAUGAAUAUUUUGCAAGUUGAUUAUUCAGCUACAAAGAGUAUUGAACUUUUGGUUAAAACCUACAACAAAAAAUCUACAGGAAUUGUAUUCCUCAACGUCCACAAUCGGGUACUUAAAGCUUUAGGUACAAUUUUGGACCAAAACGUUUUGAUUUUGUGCCAAAGCGAAAUUACUUCAAAAACUUUUUCCAUAAGAGAUGUGGAAGAUGUCGAAGAAGCUCCUUUAAUCAGAGACGAAAGAAGGUUUUCCGUUAGGAAAGAAGAUAUCAGGAAAGGAUCUCUUUGUAGUAUAGAAUAA